AUGCAUAUCUAUGGUAUGUAUGGAGGCAUAGCAGCAGCUCUCCUGGCCAUCCCGGCUCUGAGUUACGAGGUCCAGAAACCGCCACUGGACACGGACUGGACGUACAAAGUCGGGACAAACCCUUGGCCUGAACACCCCAGACCACUUCUGUACCGGCCCUCAUGGCGGAACCUCAACGGUAUAUGGAAGUACCGGAACGCAACGGCGGACGAGGGCAAGAUAGCCCCUGUUAACGAGACGCUUAACCAGGAUGUGCUGGUGCCCUCGUGUCUCGAAAGCGCUCUGUCCGGAGUUCAGGCUCUUAACGUGACUCACUCCUGGUGGACCCGCGACCUGGACAUCCCGUCGGAAUGGCUAGGAAACGAUGGACGCAUCCUGCUCAACUUCGAGGCAGUCGAUUACCAGGCCACCGUCUUCGUCAACGGCAAGAGCGUUAAUACGCACACCGGUGGAUACUGGCAUUUCAGCGCCGAUGUCACUGACUACCUUCGGCACGAUGGCACGAAUAAAUUGGCUGUGUUCGUCUUCGAUCCCACUGACUUGAAUACUACUGAUUACAACAUUCCUCUCGGCAAGCAGACUCGCCAACCGGGUCAUAUAUUUUAUCGCUCGUGCACUGGCAUCUGGCAGACGGUUUGGAUGGAGCAUGUGCCGCAGACUUAUAUCAGUGGCCUAGACAUCGCUGCUGAUAUGUAUGGCAAAGUCGACAUUACGGUGAACGUGACGAAUGCUCAUGAAGCUGGAUGGUAUCGACGGCGCGGAAAUUCGAACGGUCACACUGUAGGUGGAUCGAAUCAUUCGAACAGCGUUAGUAUAUCUGUCCUGGACGCGGAUGGUGAAGUUGUUGGUUCGUACAAGGGGCCGGCAAACCAAGCUCUCAGCUUCGUAGUUGACUCACCGGAGCUCUGGUCUCCUGAUUCGCCCACUUUGUACAACAUCUCAGUGACGGUAGGUUCUGAUGAGGUUACAAGCUACACCGGGUUUCGCACAAUCUCGAAAGGCACGGUCGAUGGUAUCCAGCGACCCUUGCUCAACGGAGAGUUUUUCUUCCAUUUUGGAACGCUUGAUCAGGGAUUUUGGCCCGAUGGUAUAUAUACGCCGCCUAAUCGGGAGGCGAUGGUGUUCGACUUGCAGUACCUCAAGAGCCUAGGAUUCAACAUGCUUCGAAAACAUAUCAAGGUCGAGCCAGCCCUGUUCUACCGCGCGUGCGACGAGCUGGGGCUCUUGCUAAUACAAGAUAUGCCAUGCCUCUACCCCAAAGACUCAGACAACAUAUUCCCGGAUGCCGAGCAGCAGGUGGAGUUCGAACGACAGUUCGACCUCCUCAUUACCCAGCACAGAUCGUACCCCAGCAUCUACACAUGGGUCAUCUAUAACGAGGGCUGGGGCCAGCUCGACGACGGAUCGCACCCUGAAGCGCGUAUGGCUGACAGGGCCCGGGAACUCGACCCGACACGACUCAUCAGUGCUACUUCGGGCUGGUGGGACAACGGGUUUGGUGACUACUCUGACAACCACCACUACGCCAAUCCCCAGUGCGGAACUCCUUUUUAUUCAAUUCGGUCGUCGCCAUAUGAUCCGCAGCGAAUUGCUCUCCAGGGCGAGUUUGGUGGCAUUGGCAUGAACCUUUCAAUCGAACAUCUUUGGAAUGUGCAACAAGCCAUAAACGGCAUCAACGAGACCUACGAAAUAGAUCUAGACGAGGCAGCCUAUAACUACAGAGCUCAUCUUCUGCUCGAGGAACUCCGCCAGCAGAUCCAGUACUUUGCUUGCAGCGGUGCCAUCUGGACGCAAACUACAGACGUUGAGGGCGAGGUCAACGGAUUGCUCUCGUAUGACCGGAGGAUCAAGCGUCCCUACACAAAACAAUGGAAGCGCGACAUUCAAGCUCUAUAUGACACUGCUAGUGAGAAGGUGGGCGGUGGAAAUUCAACAGUAGUGAUGGAAUUGUUAUAG